CUUGUGACAGAAAUAAUACAGUAUUCAUCUUUCCACCCCGCUGUGGACAUGUACUUGUGUUCUCCGUUCCGUUUCUUGGUGAAACUUGCGUAUUCACUUUACUACGAACACUCACCAUGGUGUCGCCCUCCUCCUCGCAUCAACACCCUCAAGAAUGUGAGAUGACACGCAAUCAACGUGGUCUAGUAGAAACAUGUUUUGAGGAGGGCCAAUACGAGUCUGGCAUCGCAGUGCUCGAACAGCUAAGGUCCGAAAACUUCAAACCACCCGUGUCUCUCAUACGUCAGCUCUUCUACAUUGCAUUGUAUCCCCCGCCAUCAUCCCUCGGGUAUGUGGAAGAGCGCGAUCUCAACCCUGCUUCGCCAUCAAAAAGCUCCCCUACAAAACAAAAGCAUCAGGCACCGAAAAUGACCUUUGCUCCUUCAGUCAAUGCAUCAGAAGCCGCGCAACGCUUGUUAUUAUCUUUUGUUAGAACAAAUACACCUACAUCCCUCUUUCAGGCUUUGCCACAACCGCGCAGGAACAACGAAUUGACAUUCGAAGGUGAUGAUCAUGACUCUAUUGUAGCAAAGGAGUCCCUGUGUAUUAAGGACGCGAAGCACUGCUGGGCAAUACUCAAGGAGGGUUUCGUGCCGCGAAUAAAAAUCCCUCCGCCGUCCCUACUAGCAGGGAAGAAGAAGCGCGGCAAACUCAUCACUGAUACUGAAGAAUAUGAGGCAGAUCGCAGCAAUUCAGUUCUCGCUCCUGUUGCAGAGCAUGCUUGGCUAGUCUUGCGGUGGCUGGUCGAGCUCUUCCAGCGGGACGAAUACUUGACAUCUGGGGAUGCUUCAGCGAAGCAUUCGCCAUUAUUGUUGUUGCAGAUUCCCCCGCCAAGAAGCGGUACUGGUCUUCGGUGGGAAGCUGAUGCACCCCUAGACAUCGUGUUCUAUUGUGUUUCGCAAGACCAGCCGCAGCGACGGCAGCUGGGUCUCGAACUGAUGACUCUGCUCAUCGGAAUUUGUCUAACGGCAGAAUUCGACUUCAACAUGUUUCUGGAGCAAGUCACGUCACGACUGUAUUCAGCCUCCCCAGAAAUCAUUCAAACUUUCAUGUCUGGCUUUCAUCUGUCGCAAUCAGCACAACUGUUCAAACUGGCCCUGUGCCGCAAGUUCCUUUCCGAUGAAUCAAGUGGGAAAAACCCUUCCAACCGUCGCCCCAAGCCAACAGCGCGAGCUGUGAGAGCAGCACGAGGCAUUGCUGCGAAAGAGGAGAACCUGUCAUCCUCCAGUGCAAACGACUCGUCAGCCUCCUUUUCCGCGAGUAAAAUUUCCAUGCCUCCCGCCAGUGACGUCGUCCACCUCCUUACAGGGUCUGGACGCACUUCCAGUCCUGCGAUUCUAACCGUGAAGAAGGAGCUUCUGAUUUCGUACGCCUACCUGCAGCAGAUUGCGGAACGACGGGACGCGGAAUGGCAGCAAUUAGUAACAGACGGGCGUCUCGGGGACCGAGUCGUUUCGGUUUUUGGAGAGAGCUAUGCUCAGCAAGACAAGGAUGCUCUGAUUAGUCUUGUGAGAGUCUGGGCCAUGAAUUAAUGAGGCAAUAUUGUCUUGUGGGACCUUUCUCUACACAGCGUGUUAUUAUAAUGCACACCUCCCAUGACGAUGGUUAGUGCUGUGGAAGCAGAUAAAUUCUGGUACAAAUGGACCAAUUCAACAUAGUAUCCCUGCGAUCGGCGGCCCCAGUCUGAUGGAACGGAAGUAAUACUCUCCUAAUCUUGAGAAACGUCCGGUUACUACAUAAAAGUCCUCUGGCACCAAUUUUCUCAUGGUUAUCAUUUACCUGUACUUCGUGGCUGAACUUUACUUUGGAGUAAUUAAAUAUGAGGUGGUUAUCUGGGCAACUGAAUUUCUGC